AUGUGAUUUUUCAUUAUCCGAGAUGAAUGAAUUUUUCAACCGAUUCUUUUUUGCAUCCCAGGUUCAUGCUCGCUUUGAAGUGAAGGAACACACUGGUACCACAGUUGUGGCUAUGAUAGUGAGGUUUAGAAAUUGGUCUGUCAAACGGCAGGCAGAGCUCAUAGAGGCGGCAGAGGAAAAUGCAAAAGCAGCGACUGUUUUUGGCUUCUCACAAGUUCUGUAUCAAGCUACGAAUUCUCAGAUUACUCUUAAUUCAUUCAACAUGAAGCCGAAAGUCAGCAACCAGUUUCACCGUCCCCCCGCAUUAACCCCAUACUUUGCGGCUUUGCCCGUGCAUUCAGGGUCGAACAAGGGUAUUUUUGCCUAUAUGGAAGUUGAAGACAACUCAGACGACACUGAUGAUGGGCCAGCCACGAAGAAGGCCCGCGUUGAUGAUACUAUUUAAAUGGCGGAUGAGGAAACUGACA